ACACACCCGGAAGUCAGACAGCGAGCGGAGCUGCUGUUUUCACAUCAUCGGGAGAGAAAGAAGCCCGACAGGAGACAGGAGACAGGGGACAGGAGACAGGGGACAGGGGACAGGGGACAGGACGCAGGACGCCCGGCUGGCUGCCUGUUUGUUUGUUUGUUUGUUUGUUUACUCUCUGCGCCGCAGCCAUGAACGUGACGCUCGCGGUGAAACAGUACAUCUCCAAGAUGAUUGAGAACAGCGGACCCGGGAUGAAGGUUCUGCUGAUGGACAAGGAGACGACCAGCAUCGUCAGCGUUGUGUACACUCAGUCUGAGAUCCUCCAGAAAGAGGUUUAUCUGUUUGAGCGGAUCGACUCUCAGAACCGAGACAGUAUGAAGCACCUGAAGGCCAUCUGCUUCCUGAGGCCCAGCAAGGAGAACGUGGAGCACCUGAUCCAGGAACUCCGGAGGCCCAAGUACAGCGUCUACUUCAUCUACUUCAGUAACGUCAUCAGUAAGAGUGAGAUCAAGGCGCUGGCGGAGGCCGACGAGCAGGAAGUGGUGGCUGAGGUCCAGGAAUUCUACGGAGAUUUCAUCGCUGUGAAUCCUCACUUGUUCUCCCUCAACCUCCAGGGAGUCACACGGGGCCGGGGCUGGGAGCCCGCCCUGCUGUCCCGCUGCACUCAGGGUUUGACCUCCGUCCUCCUGGCUCUGAAGAAGUGUCCCAUCAUUCGCUACCAGCUGUCCUCCGACGCGUCCAGGCGUCUCGCCGAGAGCGUCAAGCAAAUCAUCACUAAGGAGUACGAGCUGUUUGACUUCAGGAAGACGGAGGUUCCUCCCCUCCUCCUGAUCCUGGACCGCAGCGACGACGCCAUCACGCCGCUGCUCAACCAGUGGACGUACCAGGCCAUGGUCCACGAGCUGCUGGGACUCAACAACAACCGCAUCGACCUGUCCAGAGUCCCCGGCAUCAGCAAGGACCUGAGAGAGGUGGUGCUGUCCGCCGAGAACGACGAGUUCUACGCCAACAACUUGUACCUGAACUUUGGUGAAAUUGGAACCAACAUCAAGAACCUGAUGGAGGACUUCCAGAAGAAGAAGCCUAAAGGACAGCAGAAGCUGGAGUCCAUCUCCGACAUGAAGGCCUUUGUGGAUAACUACCCCCAGUUUAAGAAGAUGUCUGGCACCGUGUCCAAACACGUGACGGUGGUGGGGGAGCUGUCCCGGCUGGUGGCGGAGCGGCAGCUGAUGGAGGUGUCGGAGGUGGAGCAGGAGCUGGCCUGUCAGAACGACCACUCCAGCGCCCAGCAGAGCGUGCGGCGCCUGCUGCAGAACCCCCGCCUGUCGGAGCUGGACGCCGUGCGCCUGGUCAUGCUCUACGCCCUGCGGUACGAGCGCCACAGCAGCAGCGUCCUGCCGUCCCUGAUGGACGAGCUGAGCCGCAGGGGCGUGUCCGAGCGCCACCGCAGGAUGGUGCAGGCGGUGGUGGAGUACGGAGGGAAGAGGGUCCGAGGAAGCGACCUCAUCACGCCGACGGACGCCGUCGCCAUCACCAAACAGUUCUUCAAAGGCCUGAAGGGGGUGGAGAACGUCUACACUCAGCACCAACCGCUCCUCCAUGACACCCUGGACCAGCUGAUCAAAGGACGACUCAAAGACAGUCAGUUCCCCUACCUGGGAGCAAGCAGCCUCCGAGACAGGCCUCAGGACAUCCUGGUCUUUGUCAUCGGUGGAGCCACAUAUGAAGAAGCUCUGACGGUCUACAACCUGAACCGCAGCACUCCGGGGGUCCGCAUCGUGUUGGGGGGCAGCAGCAUCCACAACACCAAGAGUUUCCUGGAGGAAGUGAUGUCAUCAACGGGCCAGAGUGGCGGCGACAGGUCCCACGGUCGCCACGGCAACCGGCGUUGAACCACACACUCCCCGCCUCAGUACCAUUCCCUGUGUGUGUGUGUGUGUGUGUGUGUGAGAUAAUAAAGCUGACCCUGAUUCCA